GUCUAAGUGCGCAUGCGUGUACUAUCAUGGUGGCACUGGCUGUACCAGCUGGGGAAGUUGUGGAGAUAUUACAUAGUAAAGUUUUAAUGGUAGAAAUGGGUUGUUAACUGUAGGAUUUGAAUAGGUUUGGAACUCCACACAGAGAGUACAUCGCACCGAAACAGACGGAACACCAUGACAGCUAACGAGGAUCAAGAGAUGGAGCUGGAGGCUCUUCGCUCCAUCUACGAGGGCGAUGAGUGUUUCAAGGAAAUCAGUCCGGUUUCCUUUCAGUUUAGGAUAGGAGACCUCGAGGACACCAAAGCGUUCAUCUUGGACAUCACAUGGCCAGAGACGUACCCUGAGGCGGCCCCUCAAAUCUGCCUUGAUGCCUUUUUCAACAACAGAAUCUCUGCAGAGACGAAGCAGCUGAUCCUGUCAAAGCUGGAGGAGCAGGUGGAGGCUAACCUGGGCACUGCCAUGAUGUACACUCUGUUCGAGUGGGCCAAGGAUAACCAGGAGGCCCUCAUGGAGAACCACAAGCCUGUAGUCACUGCAGUGACAUUGACAUCCAGCAGUGAUAUGACGAGCACCACCUCAGCGGCGAAGAAGAAGGAGAAGAAGGAGCAGCUGACCAAAGCUCAGAAGAGGAGGAUCAUCAGCAGAACAGAUAACAAAGGGGAACUACCAAGAGGUUGGAACUGGGUUGAUGUUAUCAAAGUAGGUACAUUUAACCUUUUUUUCCCUUUACCUGCACUCAAUCAAACCUGAAGUGUCAUCCAUCAUUAACCUCUCCAUGUUCUUUUUCUCCUUUGCCAUCGUCGCUUCCCGAUCCUCCAGCAUGUAAGUGAAAACCACCUUAGUUAAAGCAUAUUUCAAAUCCUUCACGCGCUGCCAUGCCUUACUGUUUUCUUGUGUUGCAGCUGAGUAAAACUGGAGGGAAAGACGACGAGUAGGCCCGAGGGCAGCGACCCGGUUCUGCUUUAUCCAAGGAAGUGAAGUCUGAACUCACUGAUGCUGCUGCUCCUGUCUAGAUGCCUUCACAUCCUUCAACAUUUAACACUCAAACAUGGCUGCUUCCACCCUGAGAACCAAAGCGGGCUGGGGUAACUGUGGACGCCACCAGCUGAACUGAGCCACCGUGUCUUACGCGUUUUGUGGAACGCGGCCAGACAUGUCGCUCAGAAUCUUCAUCGGGGUGGAGCGUGCUCGAGAUACUUGCUGUCACUGCCAUGUUUUCAGUCUGUGAGAUUAGGCCCAGCUGCCAGGCGCUGGAGCCAUUAAUGUUGGAGUGCGGUUCUAAGUGGAUGUGUCAAAGUGUCAAGUAGCUUCCCGCUGUUACUUUAAGGUAUCAUGUGACUUUGUGAAAGCAGAGACAUUUUUAAUAACACACAAAAUGUUACUCCUUUCCCCUCGUUUUUCUUAUUUUGACAAAUGUUUCUUUCCCCCAUGAAUUGAAAACCUCAAAAUUUUUAUAUGUAAAUAAAACCAAAAUUUGGUCUA